UCCUGGCCAGAUAAGAUGUUUGGGGCGGGCAGUCUGCAUUUUUUUCAAGCUCUCAUUAUGCUGCACCAGUAUCUCCAGAUGCUGUUCCCAGGGAACUAAGCUGCUUUCUACAUAAAACUGCAAAAAGCGAUGGAGAGCUCAAGCAAAGACCAUGGUUAUUCGGAUGCUUCCAAGCCAUGCUCUGCAGCCCAUGAAGAGAAUGCUGUGCCAGAAGUCGUCAUCACCCGCCGCUUGAGAGACCGGGAGCUGCUCCGGAAAAGAAAAGCAGAAGCCCAGGAGAAAGACUCAGCUCAGUGGAUUCUGAGGGAGCAGAAGAACAAACGACAAAGGAGAGGCAGAGGAGGCAGGCAAAGGCAGGGCCGCCAGCCAGCAGUGAAGCCCAGCCAAGAUCCAGAUCCAGAACCCAUGGUGAAGCCCAGCCCAGAGCCUGAACCAGUGCUGGACCCCCAGCCUGAUUCCCAGAAGAAUACUGAGCCAGCACCUUCUAAGCUGGUACUGCCAGUGCUGUCCAUCCCCAGCCUGGCCAGUGGGAUACAACUAGGAGAAGUGGAAGGCAAGCUGGCAGCCAAAAGCCAGGAUCCUACAGGUGAAGAGGAGGUGCUGAAACCCACAGAAGCAGGAAUACCAGAAGCUUUGAAUAUUCCUCUGGAAAUUGACCACCAGGAUUAUUAAUACAGCACAGAUCUUCUAUUUCAAAUUUGUUUGGGGAUUUCUAAAAUGUGUUUACUCUUGCCUGACAAACUCUAAUAAGCACUGCAGAAUGACUUUAACUAGUUCCUUCCUUGCAAGCAAUAAAGCACAUAGUCAGCACAUCCCUUCACUUUCUAUGCUUUUAGGUUACAAUGAGAGGGAAUGCGGUUGCUUGCACAUAGACAGCCCUUUGGGAGCUCCCUGCUCUCCGUGGCUCUGCCUUUGCCCUCUCUGCCAGCAGACUGUUUCCUCUGGGUGGUGGUGCCAUGGAGAGCUGCAUCAUGCCCCGCCACCUUGCAGUUUAAGCAUAUAAACAAGUAUUUAUCUGUAUUUCUGGAAGGGAUUUCUGAUUUGCAGAAAUGCGAGUGAUAUUGCAAAGCUGAAACCCACUGCGAUUUUUAGCUGUCCAGAGCUGCCUGGCUUGGGCUUUUUCCUGCACCCAAUAAACCACACAGCACUUUGUGUUAUCA